UCUUCAAACACGUUCAUCGCAUUUCCUCUCCUUUCCCUUACAACAAUGGAAAAUUUUCAAUACUCAAACCCUAACCCUAAUUAUGGAGCUACUGAUUUUAUUGAGACGCCGGAAUUUGAGCUCUCCGAUUAUCUCUUUCCUGUCGACGGAUUGAAUGAUGAUUUUUUGUUACAAAAUGAAAUGACUUCUGAAUUUAUUCAAAGUAUUUCCAGCUAUUCCAAUCCCGCUCCAAGUUCAACUAAUAACAUAAAAUGUACAAAAGGUGUAAAGAAGUACAACAAGGUGAUUGCAAAGUCUAGGGUUGCAUUUAGAUUUAAAUCGGACUUGGAGGUGUUGGAUGAUGGAUUUAAAUGGAGGAAGUAUGGCAAAAAGAUGGUCAAGAAUAGUCCAAAUCCAAGGAAUUACUACAAAUGUUCAACUGGAGGAUGCAAUGUGAAGAAGAGAGUUGAAAGGGACAAUGAUGACUCAAGCUAUGUCAUCACAACCUAUGAAGGAAUUCACAAUCAUGAGAGUCCAUGUGUUCUUCACUUCACACAAUUCCCUCCCAACAUUCCCACUUAUGGCCUUCAUAAUCUUCACCUUUAGAAUUUUUUUUCCUCUAUUUGUCCUUCCAUUUUACUAAUAUUUUGGAUUUUAUUUGGACAAAAAAAAAAUGAAGUUUGUAAUUAAGUUUGAUCCAAAUAUUUGGUGUUCGCCUGAUAAGGAUAAGGGCUUAGCUCUUUGUGUC